GCAUCCAACCAGCAUCAUUCAGUGAACAAUCAUCAAAGAUGAAAUUCGUGGUUAUUUGUGUCGUGAUCGCAGUGGCUUCAGCUGAGCUGCCUCGCUUCAGACCGGCGAGGUUCAGGUCCCAGCGCCAGGAGUUAGCGCCGACCACCACAGAGUCUCCCACGGAGGCAACAACCACCACGGAUGCAGCACCUUACCCGCCUUCGGGAUGGAAGCCAGCAGGCGCACCUUUCACUCUACCCAAUGAAAUCCCAGAUCAGACUUACGGACCACCGCAAGAGGCUCAAAGUGGGCCAUACCCGCCUUCUGGUUGGAAGCCCGACGGUCCGGCAUUCGAUUUACCCCAAAAGCAGUCCCCACCUGCGACCAGCUAUGGCGUCCCUGACAAUACUUACGGAGUUCCGACUACAGACGCUCCUACAACCGAAAACCCUCAAGCUGAGAAGUUGGAAGGCCCAAUAGAGAUCGCAAAGAGCGUGGGGACUUACUUCGUGCUGCUGCCGAACGGACAGCUGCAAAAGGUGGAGUUCUCGACGGAGAAUGACAUCCAGAACAUGAGGUAUACCGCUAGACUGCAGUACAGGGAGAGGGCACCGCUGCUUUUGUUCAGACCCUGAAUGUUAUAAUUUAAUUGUAUUACGUGUUUAACCAAAGAAUAUAAUGAUUAAAAAAAAGUCUAUUUUAUUGAUUUACAAGCUAUAGUGCAAUUUGUAUCUAUCGAUAUUAUUAGUAGGCUAAAGAUUUAUAGAUAUAUCCAAUAGGAAGUGAAUAAAACAUCAGUCGAAGUAUGGAA